UGUCCUUCCGCCGCACCGCGCGUAUCGCUGCGCGCGGCCGGUGCUGCGGCCCGCGGCGUCACUUCCCGCGGAAGCGGAAGCGGAAGGCGGGCGGGACGCGGCCCGGCCGGGGCGAUGUCGGCCAGCGCCGUCUAUGUGCUGGACCUCAAGGGGAAGGUUCUGAUCUGUCGGAAUUACCGCGGCGAUGUGGACAUGUCCGAGGUGGAGCACUUCAUGCCAAUCCUCAUGGAGAAGGAAGAAGAGGGGACACUUUCUCCUAUCCUGGCACACGGAGGAGUUCGUUUCAUGUGGAUUAAACACAACAACCUGUACCUUGUUGCAACUUCUAAGAAAAAUGCUUGUGUAUCACUGGUGUUUUCAUUUUUAUAUAAAGUAGUUCAGGUUUUUUCUGAAUAUUUCAAGGAGUUGGAAGAGGAGAGCAUUAGGGAUAAUUUUGUUAUUAUUUAUGAGUUGUUAGACGAGCUUAUGGAUUUUGGUUAUCCACAGACCACUGAUAGUAAAAUUUUACAAGAGUACAUCACUCAGGAAGGCCACAAACUUGAAACUGGAGCCCCACGCCCUCCUGCCACUGUUACAAAUGCUGUCUCAUGGAGAUCAGAAGGGAUAAAAUACAGGAAAAACGAGGUGUUCCUGGAUGUCAUAGAGUCAGUUAACCUUUUGGUCAGUGCCAACGGGAACGUGUUACGGAGUGAGAUAGUUGGAUCCAUUAAAAUGAGAGUUUUCCUCUCGGGAAUGCCAGAGCUGCGCCUUGGGCUGAAUGACAAAGUUCUCUUUGAUAACACAGGCCGUGGGAAGAGCAAAUCAGUAGAACUGGAAGAUGUGAAGUUCCACCAGUGCGUUCGUCUCUCUCGCUUUGAGAACGACAGGACAAUCUCCUUCAUUCCACCUGAUGGAGAGUUUGAGCUCAUGUCAUAUCGUCUCAAUACCCACGUCAAGCCCCUGAUCUGGAUUGAGUCUGUGAUUGAGAAACAUUCCCACAGCCGCAUCGAGUACAUGAUCAAGGCAAAGAGUCAAUUUAAGCGUAGAUCAACUGCCAACAAUGUGGAGAUUCACAUCCCAGUUCCAAAUGAUGCAGACUCGCCAAAAUUUAAAACCACUGUUGGAAGUGUCAAAUGGGUUCCAGAGAACAGUGAAAUUGUCUGGUCCAUUAAAUCUUUUCCAGGUGGAAAAGAAUACCUGAUGAGAGCUCACUUUGGACUUCCAAGUGUUGAAGCUGAAGACAAGGAAGGAAAACCUCCCAUCAGUGUAAAGUUUGAGAUUCCCUAUUUCACCACUUCAGGAAUCCAGGUUCGUUACUUAAAGAUAAUUGAGAAGAGUGGCUACCAGGCCUUGCCCUGGGUCAGGUACAUCACCCAGAAUGGAGACUACCAGCUCCGAACACAGUAAAACACCUCACAGGCACCACAGACCCCAAACCUUCAAGCCUACAAUUCAUUUGCAGAAGCUGCUGUGGUCCUGAGAGCUGUGAAUGUUGUUGCCAAGGGUCUCGUUUCUGCAAUCUUGAAUUGACAGAAGAAAGAUUGGAAAUUUACUGAUUUCAAUAAUGUGUUUGAGCUUUUGAACCAUUAGUAUUGAUUGUGUGAAUAUUUAUUUCAUUCUUAGAACAUGCUGAUCUUGCUGCUAAAUGCUAAUUACAUUAGGAGUAGCAGUUACAUGGAGGAGCCAGGAAUCCAGAAUGAACCUUGGGAAUGUCUUGUCGAUGCCUUGUCCAUUACAGUCACAGAGUUUCUGAUAUUUGUAUUUUAAGAUCCCUAAAGACAUUGGCAGUGUUAUGCUACAAAUUAGGGAGAUGAUUGUGCAAUUAAAUGACUGCUGAACACUUGUAUUUA